GGUCGAUGCGCGCAUGUAUACAAUUCAGUGGCGAGAAAACGCGAUUGCCAAUAGUAAAAUCCAUCGAUAAUAGGUGGAAAAUUAAAGUAAGCGCAGCCGAAAUCGAAAAUAAAACAAAAAAUCACUUAAUUAAUACAGAAACCCAAUGAAAAUGUGAUUUAAAAAGAACUGCAGCUGCAAGUCCUGAUGCCUGCCGAAGGUUAGAGCGAGACGACGCUACUUACUCGAGUGUGUGUGUGCAAUUUGUUGAUAGUAUUUUCUGUUGUUGUUGUAAAAAUGCUCCGCUUGCAGGCGUGCAACAGCAACAACAAGACCUGAAACAACAAAACUACGCGGCGAAUGCCGGCAAAACAAAAACGCGUAAGCGAUUGAUGCGAAUAGCGUAAAACAAAAGAAUCGAAAGCAAUAAUCGCCGAAGAAUACAUAACAAAAGUGGAGUGGGCAAAAGUCGCGUGUAAGUGUUUGCGUCGCGUACCAACGCGUGAGUGAGUGUGCGUGUGUGGGUGCAAAGGAUACGAAUAGAAGGCGCAAUUGGCGAUUGGCGAGAAUCAAGUGCCAAAAUGUUGUAAACAAAUCGAAAAAUUCAAAUAAACCUGAGCCACACAACUCACCUCCGAUCGCAUACGACGGUUUCCAGCCAAUUCAGCGAAAAAUCAAACUGAAAAUGGCCAUCACAACAAACAGAAGCAGCAGGACUUUUUCGAACUGGCUGGUCAGCAGUUGUCUCAUAUUCCAGCUGAUUGGAAGCAGUUGGGCAAGUCAAGCGCUCUCGUUCACCUUGGAGCCGCAGGAUGCCGUGGUGCCCGAGGGCCACUCGGUGCUGCUCCAGUGUGGGGGCACUGCAUCCACGGGACGCGCAGGCAAAGGCAAGGCCAGCUCGCCCAGCUCAGUGAGCAUCCGGUGGCGAGGACCUGAUGGGCAGGACCUGGUCAUCGUGGGCGACACGUUUCGCACGCAACUGAAGAAUGGAUCACUCUACAUCAGCUCCGUCGAGGAGAACCGUGGACUGACGGGAGCCUACCAGUGCCUGUUGUCCGCCGAGGGCGUGGGCAGCAUACUCAGUCGACCCGCACUGGUGGCCAUUGCCCGGCAGCCAGAUCUGAAUCAGGACUUCCUGGAGACCUACCUGCUGCCGGGUCAGACGGCCUACUUCCGCUGCAUGCUGGGCGAGGCCAACUGGCAGGAGGGCGUUAAGCACUCGGUGCAGUGGCUCAAGGAUGACCUGCCACUGCCCGUGGACAAGUUGCGCAUGGUAGUGCUGCCCAACGGAGCGUUAGAGAUCGACGAAGUGGGCCCAUCGGAUCGGGGGUCCUACCAGUGCAACGUGACUUCCGGCAGCUCCUCGCGGCUAAGCAGCAAAACGAACUUGAACAUCAAGAAACCCAGUGAGCCGGGUGCCGAGAACUCAGUGGCUCCAUCGUUCCUGGUGGGACCUUCACCGAAAACCGUGCGGGAGGGCGACACCGUCACCCUGGACUGUGUGGCCAACGGAGUGCCAAAGCCGCAGAUUAAGUGGCUGCGAAAUGGCAUGGAUCUGGACUUUAACGACCUGGACUCGCGCUUCUCCAUCGUUGGAACGGGCUCGCUGCAAAUCUCCAGUGCCGAGGACAUUGAUUCAGGGAACUACCAGUGCCGCGCCAGCAAUACGGUGGAUUCUCUCGAUGCUCAGGCCACGGUGCAGGUGCAGGAGCCACCUAAGUUCAUCAAGGCGCCCAAGGAUACCACUGCCCACGAGAAGGACGAACCGGAACUGAAGUGCGAUAUCUGGGGAAAACCAAAGCCCCUUAUUAGGUGGCUCAAGAACGGAGAUCUCAUAACGCCCAAUGACUACAUGCAGCUGGUGGAUGGUCACAACCUGAAGAUCCUCGGACUCCUCAACUCCGAUGCUGGCAUGUUCCAGUGCGUGGGCACCAAUGCCGCCGGCAGUGUCCAUGCUGCAGCUCGUCUGCGGGUCGUUCCGCAAGGAGUGAAAAUCAAAAAACGAAAAUCCCAAGGCCACUCCACCAAAUCCCUCCAGACCUUUGACAAUCUGACCAAGCGUCGCAAACCCUUCAAUUCGGGUGAGCAGCUGCGAACCAAGUCCGGCGGCAGUUUUCCCUUUCCGGACGAGGACGAUGACCUAGACGACGACGACGCUGGUACGACACGACUGAGGAUGCCUGCCGGAAAGCUUCCCAAAUUUGAGCAGCCGCUCAACGACCGCAGAUUCAAUAUCCUAAAUGCGGGAAGUGCUUUGCCGCUGGAGAACCAAUCCAAGAGUUACGAGGACGAUGACGAUGACUAUGACGAGGACGAUCCAGCUAAGGAGGCUCUGCUGGAGGCCUACAAACAGGGCGAGGACGCACAGAAAAUACUGGACUCCUGGCAGCCGGCCAAGAGCAAGAAAUCCCAGCAGCAAAAACAAUCCCCUGCUUCCCCAGAUUCCCCCGAACAGGAUCCGAGUGCUCCGCAUCCAGGUGCCAAGCCGUUGGACAGCGGACUCCAGGCCCGAUUGCCCAGCCAGCCGCGCGAUCUGGUGGCCCAGAUAGUGAAGUCCCGAUUUGUGACCCUCAGCUGGGUGGAACCACUCCAAAACGCCGGCGACGUGGUCUACUACACGGUCUACUACAAGAUGAACAACAGCGAGAGGGAGCAAAAAAUGGUUACCAAGUCUCAUGACGAUCAGCAAGUCAAUAUUCAAUCGCUGCUGCCCGGCAGAACCUAUCAGUUCCGAGUGGAAGCCAAUACCAAUUUCGGCAGCGGCGCAUCUUCUGCUCCACUAGAAGUGAGUACCCAACCGGAGGUGAACAUUGCAGGUCCACCACGCAGCUUUGAAGGAUAUGCCCGUAGUCACAAAGAGAUCUUCGUCAAAUGGGAAGAGCCCACGGUAACCAAUGGAGAGAUACUCAAGUAUCGAGUCUACUAUUCCGAGAACGACAGUGGUGCUGAUUUAUAUCACGAUAGCACUGCUUCGGAAGCCAUUCUUACGGAGUUGCGUCCCCACACGGAUUACGUGAUUUCAGUAGUGCCUUUUAAUCGAAACGGAAUGGGUGACUCCUCCGCAGAGAUCCGUGUGAAGACGUUUUCCUCCACGCCGUCGGAACCCCCUAACAAUGUUACUCUGGAAGUGACCAGCUCCAGUUCCAUAACCGUCCACUGGGAGCCGCCUGCAGAGGAAGAUCGCAAUGGCCAGAUAACGGGCUACAAGAUUCGCUAUCGCAAGUUCAAGGACGCACCCCAGGUGAAGAGUACUCCUGCCAAUAUUCGUUACUUCGAGUUGAGCAACUUGGACCGCAAUGCCGAGUACCAGGUGAAGAUUGCUGCAAUGACUGUGAACGGAUCGGGACCUUUUACGGAAUGGUAUCGUGCCAACACCCUGGAGAACGAUCUAGACGAGACCCAAGUUCCGGGCAAACCCAUUUGGAUAAGCAUUCACCCUGGUGCCAACAAUAUUGCGCUGCAUUGGGGUCCACCACAGCACCCGGAAAUCAAGAUACGCAACUAUGUGUUGGGCUGGGGCCGUGGAAUUCCCGAUGAGAACACCAUCGAGCUAAAGGAGACUGAGCGCUAUCAUGUACUCAAGAGUCUAGAGUCAAAUAUGGAUUAUGUGGUGUCGCUAAGAGCUAGAAAUGUUAAGGGCGAUGGUCCGCCUAUUUAUGACAAUAUCAAGACACGCGACGAGGAGCCUGUGGACGCACCGACUCCUCUAGAGGUUCCGGUCGGUCUGCGAGCUAUCACCAUGUCCAGCUCCUCGAUUGUGGUCUACUGGAUUGACACGAUGCUGAACAAAAAUCAGCAUGUAACCGAUAAUCGCCACUAUACGGUUAGCUAUGGCAUCACGGGAUCCAAUCGCUAUCGCUACCACAACACCACGGAUCUCAACUGCAUGAUAAAUGACCUGCGACCCAAUACGCAGUACGAGUUUGCAGUUAAGGUGGUCAAAGGGCGCAGAGAGUCCUCCUGGUCGAUGUCUGUAUUGAAUAGUACAUAUCAGAAUGUUCCGGUUACUCCGCCUCGCGAGGUUACUGUACGCUUGGAUGAGUUGAAUCCGCCCACGGUGAUCGUCCAGUGGAUCCCUCCAAAGCAUACUCUUGGUCAGAUAACCGGGUACAAUAUCUACUACACCACCGACACCACGAAGAGAGAUCGCGACUGGGCAGUUGAAGCAUUUGCCGGCGAAGAAACUAUGCUCAUGCUUCCAAAUCUGAAACCUUACACCACGUACUACUUUAAGGUUCAGGCCAGAACCACCAAGGGGACUAAUAAUGCUCCCUUCUCGGCUCUAGUAUCAUACACCACAAGUGCAGCCGUCACCAUGCAGGAGCCUGACACCAUUGCCAAGGGAAUCGACAACGAGAAGCUGCUGUACAUCAUUAUAGCAGCCACUGCUGUGGUGUUACUUGUGGUGCUCUUGGGCGUCCUAUUGCUCUGCCGACGUAAGCCACAAUCUUCGCCAGAACACACAAAGAAGAGCUACCAAAAGAACAAUGUGGGCGUGCCCAAGCCACCAGAUCUAUGGAUACACCACGAUCAAAUGGAGCUGAAAAACAUAGACAAGGGCUUGCACACUGUGACACCCGUCUGCAGCGAUGGAGCCUCGAGCAGUGGUGCCCUCACCCUGCCACGAUCCGUGGUGCACAGCGAAUACGAGGUGGAGACGCCAGUGCCAGGUCAUGCCAAUUCCCUGGACAAGCGGUCCUAUGUGCCAGGAUAUAUGACCACUUCAAUGAACGGAACAAUGGAGCGACCUCAGUACCCGCGCACCCAAUAUAGCCACCAAAAUCGAUCCCACAUGACCAUGGAGGCUGGUCUCUCGCAGCAGAGUCUCACCCAGCCGCAAAGCAACUCGAUGGCGCAGACCCCGGAGCAUCCUUACGGAGGCUACGAUGCCAACUUCUGCAACGCGGGAAAUGCGGCUGCAGGCAAUGGAUGUGUGUCCACCAUUGAAAGUUCUAAGCGUGGUCAUCCUCUGAAGAGCUUCAGUGUGCCGGGUCCACCACCCACUGGUGGAGCCACCCCCGUUAACAAGCAUACUCCCGCCGUCACAAUACGUCCACAAAACCAAUCGCCCUAUAAGAAACCAUCUUUCUCGGCUGCCACGCCCAAUCGUCUUCAGGGCGGUGGCUCGGUAGUGCACUCAACCGAUGAGAUUCAAAGACUUGCCCCCAGCACAUCCACCGAGGAGCUUAACCAGGAAAUGGCCAAUCUGGAGGGCCUCAUGAAGGAUCUGAGCGCAAUCACGGCCAACGAGUUCGAGUGUUAACACUGAAGCCGCCUUAAUAAUGUCCGGCUGGCUGAAAGUAUUAGUCGUCAAACAGUGGAUGUUAAUUGUUUUUUAGUUUCUGUUUUAUUUAAUUAAUUUAACUCGAAUUUGUGAAUUGCA